CUUACCCCGAAGCAGAGAGGUGGGGGUAACAACGAUCCCACGGCCGCACACAUAAGACAUUUUCACACCAACACAUUUGUUCACGCACACACACCUCAGCUGCAACUACAGUGUUGAUAUCAGCAGCACUGCGGGACUAGCUGCGCUUGCUGCGGCUAUGAUUUUUAGAAGAAACGAACUUCAGGAGAGAAACUGCCCCCCCCUCCCCUCCGUGUAUCGCGUGAGGCAAGCAGAGUCUUUACCGGCUCGGUGUCUGUCAGUUGGUAUGUGCAGGGGAAACUCUGCCUUGCCUGCCGGUGACGCUUACCUAAAUCUCUCUCACCAAGUGAUUUUAGAGUAUGGAGCUAUGCAAGACGUUCAUGGAGUAGUUAACUGAACAACCGUUGCAUUUUAAUGCGCAACAAACCGGAUGCUUUCUCCCUCUCGUCCACCUGGAGAUUUGCGGCAUUCGUGAUGAUCUCAGCGUGACUACAGGACACUGAGCAGCUGAAUCCCUCUCUUUCUCUCCCCUUGCUCUCUUUUGUUUCUCUUUUCCUGUAUUUUCCUUUAUCUGUCUGUCUCUCUACGCGGGUUUACUUCACUGGCAAUCCGCCUGUUAGCCGUUUCAGCACCCGGAACCAGUACAAUGGGUCGAUACAGAUUCAGCACCUUUGACAGCGCAGGAGUUCUACUGUGUUUGUUCGGGUUCCUGGCCCGGUUGAUGGUCACAGCCGAGCAGGAGGGAGAGAAUCUCUCAGGUCUGUCCACCAACCCAGACAAAGACAUCUUCGUGGUCCGAGAGAACGGAACCACCUGCCUCAUGGUUGAGUUCGCUGUCCGCUUUACCGUCCCCUUCGACGUUCUCGCACUCAAUGGGAUAGACUUGAUCACAGAGAACGCAUACCUGGUUCUGCCUCGUGGGGCUGACAUUGAGGGCAAAUGCGGGAAGCAGGAAGCUGAUAUACACAUUUCGUGGAAGGAUAACGCCUACACACUCCGCAUCUACUUCGUCAAGGAAACCCGUAAUAAAGGAGAAAAGGUUUGGAAGAUUAACAAGGUGCAGUUCGUGUAUGACACCUCGGAGCAAACGCAUUUCCUCAGUCCAUAUAACCCUGGAAAACACACAGCCAGCUCCCACGGCCUGUCAGCGUUAGUGACUCCUGCUGGCCGCUCGUAUGUCUGCAGUGCUAAGCAGACGCUCACCCUCAUCUCCAGUGACCACCAAAAGGGAGUGACGGUCACAAUGAGUGACAUCCAGAUUCAGCCCUUUGACAUCAGCUCAGACUUCAUGUUCAGCGAAGCCUACAAAUGCAUCACAGACCAGCGGGAACAACUGGAGGAGACUCUUCCUCUGAUCCUUGGCUUCAUCCUGGGCCUCAUCAUUGUCAUCACACUGGCCGUCUACCACUUCCACCUCAAACUGACUGUAGUGCCCCAACCACAGCUGCCCCGCGACAGGUCCAUGUACAAGAACAUGUAAGCAACGGGUCAUUAACUGCUCAAGGAUAGGACAGAACAACAUUCUACAACUCCAUGCUCAACGCCAGAGGACUAUGUACAGAAUCAGAUAUUAUUACCACAAUAGCACAGCUCUUUGUUCGAGAGCACAAACCCUCUGAAUUUUCUCCCAUAACAGUUCUUUGGUUGACCUUAUAAGAGAACCCUUUAUUGGUUUCAGAUAGAACCACACAUUCUAAACCAUAAAGCUUCUACCAAAAAAGGUUUAACCCAAUGUUUCCCCAAAAAAGGUAUAUUCGACUGUCACAAUAGCAGAACCCUUUCUGUUUUCAGGAAAAACUCCUUUGCCUGUAUUAUCCUCUGUUGAAACAAAACCUGGCACCAGAGGGGUUCUGCCUGGAACCAAAAGGAUUUCAUCAGGAACUAAUUAAGUUCUACCUAGAACUCAAAUAGGGUUAUUCAAAAAGUUGUCCCAUUGGGACAAUAAGAAAAACCCUUCAAAACUUUUUUUCACCCCAAUAGACAAGGACUACCCGAUGCCUCUUCAAAUUCAAACCAAUGUGACUUCCCCGGUUUUAACGUCACCGUACACUGGAAAUAUGCCGGGAACUUCACGGAUGCCUGUAUUAGGACAUGCUUAACUUUCAUUUUUGUCUUCUUGCAUUGAUUAAACUCAAUUGGAGACGUGCACGAACAUUCAACUUAAGCACACAGAUGUUGCUGUUAGCAUUCCACCCCUGUGCGUUCUGCUCUUUAUAUGUAUACAGAAAUCCGCCUCCUGUCGACCAGCCUGCGCUUUGUGAUCAUUUCCUAUCCCAUGUUGUCUAUAUCAGGACGCUGCAAAACAAACCUUGCAGAGGGCGGGUCCAAAGUUGAUGUUCACCUGAAGUGAUUCUUUUCCCAAAUACUGUUUUUACUUUUAUUUUUUGAAUGCCGUCAUAGUGGUAAAAGUGGACAGUGUCGUGGUGUGCAGGUGUUUCAAUGACCUUCAGAAUUCAUAAAAAUAUUAACAAUUGCAGGCAGUUUAUUCUCUUUGGUUUUACGGAUAAUUUUUAAGAUCCUACUUUAUGGAAUUAUAUCGAAAAAUAUAAUGAAAUAUGUACAUAAAACAAAGGAAAAAUGUUCUGUAAAAAGAAAACAUUUAAUAAUUGAUCAAAUGUCAGAAGAAAGUUUAUCAUUGUGAAGAAAAUGUGCAAAGAUAUUUAAGAUUAAAAAGAAUACAUGUUAAAUAUUUUCAGAAAGACUAUGCAUAAAAACUAUGCUGAUGCAAACUUUAAUGUCAAGUAAAUAAAUUUCACAGGAUAUGUCCUAAA